AUGACCCAGAAAAGUUUUAUUAACCUCUGUUUAAAGUUGUACUCAUCUUGUGCGUACAUUACUUUUUUCAUACAUGAAACUUUGUAUUUUACAGUGACACGAGAUGAAGCUAGUAAUGAGCUGCGUGAUUAUAUUACCAUAGAACUGAGCAACCCAUGUGAUAAGAGUGAAAUAAAGUUAAAUCAAUCUGGUAAUUUAAAGAGACCACAGAGAAGACAUCCAGAUAAGAAGUCUCAUUCCAAUAAUAUUAAUGAAACAAAAUCGUCUGAUGUGUCUGGAAGUUCAAAGGGACAAAAUACAGUUAAUGCAGAUGAAAUAUCUCACAGUAGUGCUAGCGAAAAAACGUCUAAUCAAUCCGGUGUUUUAAAGGGAAAGAAAAAAAUACAUAAAGGUGAAAGACCCCAUUCUUGCGAUGUUUGCGGUAAGAGUUUCAAACUAUCUGGUGCUUUAAGGAAACAUUAUAGAAUACAUACUGGUGAAAGACCCUAUUCAUGCAAUACUUGCGGUAAGAGAUUUAUCGAAUCUGGUCAUCUGAAGAAACAUAACAAAACACAUACUGGUGAAAAUGCACGCACUGAUAACAAACCCUAUUCGUGCAAUAUGUGCGGUAAAAUUUUCCGACACUCUUGUUCAUUGAAUAAACAUUAUAGAAUACAUACCGGUGAACGACCCUAUUCAUGCAAUGUAUGUGGUAAGACGUUUAUUGAAUCUAGUCAUUUGACGUCACAUAAUAAAUUACACACUGGUGAAAAAACACGUAGAAAAAAAUCCGAUGUCAAACCCUAUUCCUGCAAUUUAUGUGAUAAGAGGUUCUGCUCUGCUAGUGACUUGACAAAACAUAAUAGAACACAUACCGGAGAUAAACCCUUUUCAUGCAACGUAUGUGGUAAAAGUUUUACUGAAGUCGGCCGUUUGAAUAAACAUAAUAGAAUACAUACAGGCGAAAAACCCUAUUCAUGCAAUGUUUGCGGCAAGAGUUUUACUGAAUCGGGUAAUUUGAGGAAACAUAAUAGAGUACAUACCGGUGAGAAACGAUAUUCUUGUAACAGUUGUCCACUUAGAUUUCAGCAUAGAAAUACUUUCGUUAAACAUUUAGAAACACAUAUGGAUGGAUAGUUAGUUUUUAGAGGAGAGUGGAAAAUUCAGAGUCAGGUUAAGAUCUGUUUAUAUGUUUGUCACCAAUCGCCUGUGGUACUUGUUGUUUAACUUGUAAGUUAGAUCAUAGAUUACUUAUAUUUUUUAAAUAUUAAUUAGUUAAGCAAUCAUCAAGGUUACAUAAUUAUUUAGUACUCAAAUGUCUUUUAAGACGUAAACGAUUUUGAUAUGUUCAUCAACUUAGUUAAUAAACUGUAAUACCAGAACUGAUCCCAUAUUUCGUUUGUACAAACUUCAAUCUCACUAUCUCUUAUUUUUAAUAUUUUAUAAUAAAUACUUAUUCUAUUAGAA